AUGACUCAGUCGGCCUCUUCGGCGGCGUAUGCGAAGCUUGUGGAACAAUCAAGAAUUAGAAGGGCAAGAUUUUUUUAUUGAUUUUUUUGUUUUUACUGUACCUUAAAAUUUAAAAAAAUCAAUCAAUCAAAUAAAAAUUUGAUUUUUCGAGAAAAAUUCAAAAAAAAAAUAAAGGAUAAAAUUCAAAUAAAAAAACGUUUUUUUCACUUAUUGUUCUCAUAAAAAAACACUGUUCAAAAAGUCAAUUUUUGAUUAUUCAAAAAAAUUUCAUGACUUUUGAAAAAAAGGCUAUUCGCCUCAAGACCGUUAUGAAAAAUUAACAUAUGCUCCUUUUAAAAAAACCCCCGUUAGCGAUUUUUUUGAUAAGAAUUGAUUUUUAUUGAUUUUUUUCUCAAGCUUUUUGAGGGUUCUCAGAAAUCUGAUCGAAAAUUUAUUUUUUCAAUGAAAGAAAAAAAGUUUUUUUCUUGUUUUAAAAAUCAGGAAUAUUUUUCAAGAUACCAGACUCAAAAAAAUUGAAAAAUCAUGACGGAGUUUCAUUAUUUCAAUAAACUUGAUUCCUUUUUUUCAAAAAGACCAAAUUUUAAUUUUUCUCAAAAAAAUUGAUUGUUUUUCAGAAAUAGCUUGAUUCCGGUUAAUUUUUUAAAAAAAUUUCCUGCAAUUCAGAGAAAAAAAUUUGAAGAAUAAAAAAAUCAAAUUUUUUUCGAUUUGAAAAAAAGAGCACAAAAAUAAUAAGGUCGUGAAAAAAAUCUUGAAAAUAUUCAUUAAUUUAUAAUAUAUCUUAAAAACAAAUGGAAACUUCAAGACCUCGAAGAAAAAAAAAUGAAAAAUUCCAGGAAAUCGAAGGGUUGCACAAGCGUCCACGAACCUACAUAAAAAAAGCGUUUCGAAACCCAAUGAGAAUAAGGAAAUCUAUCAGUUUCGACUUCGUGGAGUGAAAAAAUAUAACAAAUCCAAUAAAUCGAAUCAAAUUCAGGAAGGCGAUAUUUACAGAAACACAUUUUUAACCUUCCAACUUGACCUAACCGUCGAGUAUCCCUUCAAACCGCCAAUUCUUCGAUUUACUCAUCCGGUUUUUUCUUAUUUUACUUUGGGAAAAUGAAACAAAAUCAUCCGGACCCAGCAUAUCGAUAUUUUAGAACUAGGUGACCAAAGGAGGCUUUUUUUCGGCUAGAGAAACUUUUUUUUUGGUAACUUCUGAAGUCUAUUUCUUAUAGGGAACUCAAAAAAACUUGAUAGGUUCGGAGAAAGAAAUUUUAAUAGUAUUAAAGCGUAUAGUCAGUAAGGAAAAAGGAGAACAAAAUUUUUCAGGAAAGGGUUGUAAAAAUAAACAGAAAACGAGGGAAAAGUGGAAAAAAAAGAAAUAUAGUUACUCAUGGAAAAAAAAAUCAAUAAAUGAUGAUUUUCCGUGGAGCGACUUUGCCGCAGAGUGCGACAAUUCAAUUUUUUUUUCCGUUUGCUGGAAAAAUUUUUAGUGGCCACUAUAGAGCACGGUGUUUCUUUUGCGACGCCCCGCCCACUUUUCUCCGUCAAUUAGGACGUGUUUAGUGCAUGCACAAAAAAUUUGGAAAAUAAGGUUAACCGAUGAUAUAAGUGUGAGAAACGAAUGAACAUUGAAGAAAAAAAGACGAGGAAAUUAAAAUAGAUUAAAUAAAACUAUAUUGCUGUGGAGAAGCAAAUAAAAGAUGUUUUACUGCAAGUACUUUUUAUUGUAAAAAGUUGACGGAAUAUCCGGAUAUAAAUGAAUUCCGGAACAUACUUUCUCAACUUCACAUACUUUUUUCAUGUAACUUCAUCUCAUUGAUGUCCACAACCUAGGAAUCAGAACAAUCGACAAAAAUAGAAUAAGAAAACAUAAAAUGGGGUGAAACAUGUUCCAUACAAACAGGUGGAGAUUUUCAAAACGCUUCUUCAUCACGAGUUUUAAAGUUAGCCUCACAGAACUACUUUCAAAAAACGUCUAACAACCCAGAGUAUACCCCGAUCGUGGUCCCGCAAUACUAUCAGCAAUCUACGAAAAAGAAAAAAAGCGAAAAAAAUAUGAAAAAAAUUGACUAAAAAAAUCAAAAAAAUAAAGCCACUUUUUUUCAAAUUUCGCGGGCGAAUUUCGAGAAGUGCGCAGACUUUGCCGAGUUUCAAAUUCCUUGCAUUUUCUUCAACUGGCAGAAACGCCGUGAGAGGCUUGCCAAGGACUACUUGGAAAGAACACUAAAGUGGUCACUAAACCCACCUCUAGAGUGGCCACUAUUUUCAGUUUUAGUGGCCAUUAUAGAGGUUCUCUAUUUAGUGGCCACUUCAGUAAUUUUUCAUCCAGUAUUCCUUCCAGUAACUCUGAUAAUUAUAUAACAAACAGAUUGGAUCAGUUAUGUUGAUCCAUUAACCCCUAAAGUGUCCACUAAAACUUUUCAUGGUCUAGUAAUAGCACUUAAACCUCUAUAGUGGCCCUUAAUUUUUAACCCCUUAAGUGGCCACUGAUUUGACUACUAUAGUGGCCACUAAAACGUCAAAACCCUAUAGUGGCCAUCAAAAAUUUUUCCAGUAGAUGAUUUUCCGUGGAGCGACUUUGCCGCAAAGUGCAAAAAUUUGAUUUUUUUAUAUCGAUUUCGUUUUUUCCAUACUUUUCAGUUUUUAAAAGACCUUUUUCAAUAAAAAGCUCUAUAAUAUGAUUAUUCUUAACUCAAAACCUUACUUUAUACUGCUCCAAAACCAUAAAUAAUCAUUUUUUUCAAAGAUGUACCAUCCAAACGUGGAUCAAAUAGCCAACGAAAUGUGCUCCUCACUAUUGAGCUCAGAAAAUUGGAAGCCUGCGACUACCAUUGAAGAUAGUUGGCAUAAUUAUUGGAAUAUAAGUUCAUUUUGAACUGCUUUCAGUCCUUCUGAACGUGUUGGAGUUGCUCAACGAUCCGGAUCUCUCAAGGCCUGUCAACUUCGAAGCCGCUCAUGAUUUUAUUGAGGUUGAAUUUGCAACUUUCGAAUUUUCCUAGAAAAAUAAGUUCAGAACCACGAGAAGUACGUGAAGAAGUGCAGCGAACUUGCGCGGCGGCAAACUAGUUGAACUCAACUUUUUCCUUGAUUUUUUUUUGGUGAUAAAGAAUUUAUUCAAAUUGCUGACGUGUGAAACAAGUUUCCGAAAACCAAAAAAAAACGUUCAUUUCAAUUGAAAGCUGAAAUUAGCGUGAGAUUUCAAACAACAUCAAGCUUCAUUUCCACCACCUACGUACGAAGAUCGACAGCUCAUCCGAACUCUUCUCUGGCAGGUCUUUCUUCUUCAAAUCCAACUGGAGACUUUGAAAAAGGGCUUGAAAUGAAGCCUCAACUUCAAUUUCAAAGGAAAAACCGGAAAAAGAGCACUCCAAGAGAAAAUGAAACGUUAGGAAAAAAAAGAGUAGGAAUUUCAUUUUCCGAAUUUCAUGCAUAAUUUCUUCCGAGAAGCCUGUUUUAUUUGAACUUUCAAAAUUAUUCAAACUGUGACUUGAAAUUUCUCGGCGAAGCUUUUUUUGAAAAACCCUUGUUUUUUUCGCUCUUCAGAAGAAAAAAACCGAAGCUCUUUUAAAUCAAAUUAAAACUCUGAAGAUUUGAGAAAGAAUGAAAAUUUUUUUGGAUCAAACUACUCAAAACGAAAAAAAGAAAGACUUUUCAAGCAGAAAAUUGCGUGAAGAUCGUUUCGAAAAAGUCAUUCAAUCGAAAAACAGAAAAUUCUGAAAUUUUUCAAAACACCAUUGAGCUGUUGUUUCUCGCUCGAAUGAGAAAGUUACUUAUUAUCUAUGGAGCGUAAACGCUUUUAUUUUCACGGCUAUUUAUUAUCAGAAGAGAAAGAAAAUUAAAUUCAAGCGUUAGCCACGUAAUCAAGCCGAAAUGAAUAUUUAAUAGUAUCAAGUUUAAUUUUUCAAUACUUUCAGAUGGAAGAUUGGGAUGUGCGGACAGCAGAAACGUUGACGAGCCCACCAACAAGUACAGGUAUACGGUAGCUCCAAAACUACAGUAACCCAAUUUUCCCCCAGCAAUGCACUACUCGUCUCCAAAUACUGCAACCAAUUCCAGCUUCAUGGUUUUUUUCAAAUAAACUCCUACCGUAACCUCAUUUUUUUAGAAAAACCAAGGCGACUCAAUGGAACAGCCGUUCUAUUUGGUUACCGAAGAUGGAGUGAAGGUUUUACCUACUGUAGGGCUACUGUAGCUUAAUUCUCUACAGAAAGAAGUCGACCGGUGCGAACUCGCUUAUUACUCGAAAUUCUUCCGUUCACUGUUCACCAGUGAUUAUUCUGACUCCCGAUCGUCAGUUUUCAGGUUUUGAGUUAGAUGUGCAGGUUUUCAAGAACGGAUUACGGUAGACUGAGCAUCGUCCACUCGUCGGACAUCGAGGCCCUGCUCGGAGUGCACAAAGACUUUGAGCGCGGCCUGUCUCCCCAGUUCAGCAUCUCAGAAGCCCUUAAUGUUAAGGACUACUGUAUUCUGAGGUUACGGUAUCAUUUUUGUAGCUACUGACGCCUGCCGCCUACCUACAGUUCGACACGGUUGUUGAAUACCUAUCUAAUGUCAUCGCCGCCAAAGUAACGCCACAAAGUGAGGAAAAAUGUACAGAAAUCUUUGCUGGAGUUUAAAGGAGCAUGGAAAGGUCUCAAGACGAAAACUGUUUUCAAUGUUAUUUCGAGGCUUCUUUUAGCAUUUCAGCAAGGAUCUUUUAAUAUUUAUGGAGUACUGUAUGAUUUAGAUAUAAUCACGUUACUACGGUACUCAUUAAUGAGAUCGGCGUUAUUAGCCCGCAAAAUCUGGAGCGUCAUUGUCCGGGAAUUUCAAGUGGUGAGUGAGCAACGAGGAAAAAAAAAAUCUCAACUUUUCAGCUCUACGCAACAAAGGAAUUCCUAAAACUACAAGAAUCGGAGCUCAUUGCACUAUUGUCGGACAAGAACCUCGUGAUCGACUCCAAAGACGAGGUGAACGUUGUCGAAGAGUGGCGAGCCGUAAGUGACGUCUUCUUGAGAAGCCGUGACGUCUUCAGGCUCAUCCGGAAAGCACGCGUCUGACUUCCUUCUCCAAGGCAAGGUUCACAAAACGACAUCUUCCUGACGGAGCCUACAAUCCAGUGAUAAGAAAUCGGGUGCCAGCAGAAGCCAUUGUAGCCCAUGGUAACAAAUUCGCAUACUGAAUAGUUUGAAAUUCUUACUGUUUUGGUAAAAUAAUUGGCUGAAACCGUGAAUUCCUCGAAAUGAUAAAAAAAAAAUGCGGCCGUUUGCUCAAUAAAUUAUUUAAAAUUUCUCUUAACUUCUUCAAACCACACAGCCAGGAUGUGAAAUAUAAUAUUUCAUCAUUCAAAAAGACAUUUACAAACAUAGAAAAAAAAAAAAAAAAAAAAAGGAAAAAAGUUCUUUUGCCACAGUAAGAAAAAAAUUGUCACUGAAGCACACUUGCUGCAAAAAAACUUAAUAAUUCUUUUUUUAAAUUCAUUUUUUUGUUAGAUUCUUUUUCAAAGAAGUGGGAAUUUUAGGAGGUUGGGGCAACAAUGGAGCCACAGCGAUUAUCGAAAUCUACAACAGCCGUGCACAACGAUGGUAUCCGUGUAGGCUUGGUUUGGAGUCAGUUUCCUAUUACUUUUUAUUUUUUUUUUGAAUGAUUCGUUUGGAUUUCUCUUGAAGUAGAAUUCUUUUUUGGAAGGAAUUUUGUUUUCGUAACGACUGACUUUAUUUAGAUCGCCUAUUAAUUAAAAAUACUUGUUCAGAAGCGAGCCUCCUCGAGCGUAUCACGGCGUCGAGCUUAUCAACGAUUCCCUCGUCGUUUGCGGCGGUUUCGACGGUGUCACUCAAUUCCAAACGACUCGGAUAUUCGACCUACCAACCAGAGUUGGAAAUUUCCUCAUUUCGGACCAGAAAAUACAAAUUAAUCUCGUUCAGAAGUGGCGAGAUGGCCGGAAUAUGAACGAAAAGCGGUGUUAUUUGACAACAACGCAAAUUGUAGAUAGCUACGGCCAUUCUCACAUUGCCGCCUGUGGAGGGUUCAUUUUAGAGGUUUUAUCGCUUGAAUUUUGAAAAAAGUUCAGUUUCAAUGGCACGAAUCGAUUAUUAUCCGUCGAGUUUUACAAUCCAAUUGUCGACAAAUGGGCAAAAGGAGCUUCUUUGUCGAAAGUCAGGUGCGGGAAAGUUCUUUAGAAAGAAAAGUUUUUUUUUGCAAAAAUUAGUCUGUUCUUAACUUUUCGGAACGUUUAGACCUUUGAAAAAAUAUUGAGACGAAUUUUUCCCUACUCAAAUUCACGUAGUUUGGUGAGAUUACCAUUUCAGAAAAAAUAUAAUUUCACUGUCUAGUUUCUCAUUUUAGUGAUAUUAAAUUGUGAAGUUUCAAAUCGAUUUUUUUAAAAAUUAUUCGGUAAUGAUUAAGAAAAACGCUUCUUUGUCACAUUUGUGAUAUCAUCAUAAGUUUUUAAAAUAUGGGGUUGAACUGGUUUUUUUUUUUCAGUGCGUAUCAGAUUUCCUAUCUCGCGCUCUAGUCUGUUUGAAUGGUUUUCAAUUUUUUAAGGCUAGCCUAAAUUCUUAGGUCCGAUGGAGCAACAUUCACCUUAAAUGGUAAAGUUUACUGUGUCGGCGGCUUUGACGGCAGUUCAAUGCAUUGGGACGCUGAAUAUUUCGAUGCAGAGGCGAAUUCUUGGUAUGGAUUUUUUUUUUCAGCAGCUCUUUUCUGAUAGUUUCAUGGCCCAAUAGAGGGAGAAAAAAAGUGCCCAAAUUUUAAAUGUCAAGUCGUUGCUCAAGCUCCGCUUCGCGGCGCAAUACCCAUAAGAAUAAAUGCUGCUCAAGGAUACACAAGCCUAAAAGAUUUUAUGGAACUUUUUGAAGGGUCCAAAUGUCGCGACACAUGAGGAUACGAAGGACCGGCUGUGCCGGAACCGCUUUGACAGAUAAUGUUGCGAUUGUCGGCGGAGGGUAUUUUCUGCGAUUUUUCUCCGGUGACUGUAGGCGAAAUUUGAAGGUUUGACGGCCGAAAAAGGCUCAACUCGGCCGAGAUGAUGGACCGACGAGAGGGAAUCUGGCAUCCCUUGCCGGAAAUGUUGACAGGACGGUAAGAUAAUUGAGAUCACUUUUUUUAAAGAUUUCUGUUCCAAGGUGAAAAAGUAGAGAUUUUGACAGGUCUACUUGUAAAUUUUGGCUUUGAAAAUAAGAUUUACAGCUUUUUAAUAGAUUUUUCGUGUUCCUCUGUAUUACCCAAUUUCAGUUGAAAUAUGGAAAUAUCCCACAAUAAGAAUUCAUCUUUAUCUCUUCUCUUCUUUGCAAUUUCUUUCAAAUCUAACUUUUUUUUUGAUUUUUUCCUGUACCUUGUGAAACUCUGUAAUUAAAAGUCCUCAAGAUUGUGAAAAACUAUUCGCAAAAACCUCAAAAAGUCGAGCACUGAGAUAUUUGUAUUUUCCUCUCCUAUCAAAUAUUUUCUGAACCUUAUUCGAUAAUUCAGUUUUUUUGAAUGUUUUUUUCCUGUAACUUGUGAAAUUCUGACCAAAAAGUUAAGGUCAAACUUUGGUAUGAGCGUCCUCGGCAACUAUGUUCACGUGGCCGGCGGCUUUGACGGUGAACGGACAACUCACGAAAAUGAGCGCUUCGAUUUUAGGAAUCGAAGGUGGCAGGUUGGACGGUCUAAUGAAAAAAAAAGAAAUAUUGGGAGCUUAUUUCUUUGGGAUUUCGCGAAAUUCAAAAAUAGCCAUCAGAGAGUGAGAAAUACAAUGAAUUUCAGAAAAUCAGAUAUUAUUUUGAAUUUUGCGAAAUUACUUUGAACGUGGCAUGUGCGAGAGCGCCGCAGUGCAUGCACACAAAACACGACAACUUACGGAAAAAAUAUGAGCGAGGCGUCGCCAAAAAAAACGCCGUGAAAAAAGCUUGCCAGACCUUCUUAUUGAUAUUUCGCAGGAGUCGUGUGAAUUAAAAAAGUGGAAAUUUGAGGCGCUGCCAGACUUGUCGGAGACGAAAUCCGCCCUGCGGCUGAUCAAGAUCGCGUCUCAGCCGACGCUCGAGGCGCUGCUCCACGUCCCCGACGAGAAGAUCGUCGUGGAAUGGUAG